UCCUCACUUAAACUCCACAGUGGCGUACAGGACACUUGGCGGUCGCCGCUCUCCAGCACCACACAGCCGGGUUUGAAUUGCCUCUCCCUCCCGUCUUCGGCCAGAGGGGAAUUCAAAUCUCUCAGCUAAACCGGUUCUGAAUUUUUGAGAGGCUGUGGUCGGCUUUUUCGUUCGUGCUUGCUCAAUCAAAAAAAAAGACCAGCUCAGGAGGAUGUUGAAAAACGGAGAACAUUGUUUCCCAAACUCCGACUACAUCUCUUCACUCGAAUCGCCGCUAUCCUGGGACAUAAACGACCCCAAGCUGCCCCAGGAUGUGCAUCAAUUGGAUAGUUUCCAGGAGUGGACAGAUUCCUACAUAAAAUUUAUUUAUAGUGCUGAUGAUAAAAAUGCACAAAGACAUCAGAGCGGAUGGGCCAUGAGGAAUACCAACAACCACAACUGCCACAUUCUAAAGAAAUCCUGUCUAGGAGUAGUAGUUUGUAGCAAUGAUUGCUCCUUGCCUGAUGGGAAAAAGAUCUAUCAGAGACCUGCCAUAUGUGAUAAAGCACGGCAGAAACAACAAAAGAAAUGUUGUCCAAACUGUGGUGCACCCUUGAAUCUCAUGCCUUGCCGAGGUCAUGGGGGAUAUCCUGUUACCAACUUUUGGAGGCAUGAAGGAAAAUGCAUAUUUUUUCAGGCAAAAGGUGUACAUGAUCACCCCAGGCCAGAAACAAAGACAGAAGCUGAAGCAAGGAGAUCAAUCAACAAAAAAAGACCAUAUGCUGAAAAUUGUUGUUAUAAAGACAAAAGGGAACUGCAGCUGUUAACAGGGGCAAUUGAAAAUGAAGGAUCUCUGCCAACAUUUACCUCUAAUCCAAAAAGUAUUUUGUCCAAUCUCUAUGUAAAUGGAAAUCUCGAAGAUUGUGUGGCAGUUGAGAACAUCUCUGCUAGUCCAUGUUUAUCAUAUCCGAAUGGGCAUGACUUCGGAAAGCCCACCUACCUUUAUGAUCCGCAUUGCGAAAUGGAUAUCAGCAGAUUCUAUGGUAGAUGUACACAAUUUAGUGCAGGGUGCCAUAAUCCUGGGAAUUAUGGUGGCCCAGGAACAAACUGCAGUACAAAUUUUGAGUGUGGAGAGUAUCCCAACUGGAAUAAAAUUACAUUGGGAAAGAAUGCUUACAGCAACUCUUUUAUUAGAUACUCUCAAGGUUCUUCAGAUCCUUGCAAUGAAAAUGCCAGUCCCAAGAACCUCAGAGACCCAACACAGAAUGCACAAACUGCAAUAAACAACAUGAACAAAACCAUGUACCAGACCUCUAAGCCCAAUCUGGAUGAAUAUAGUGAUUAUCUAUACGAUGCUAUGUUCCUGCAAAAUCAGAACAGCACCUAUGUUCCUGCUGCUAUUUAUCCACUUUAGGGUCUCUCCAGGUACAAUCACCAUUAACUGCUAUAGAAAAUGUGGAGGGCAGAAACAUACCAAUUCUACCAAUAAUAAGACUUCUUUUUAACCUGUUGAUUCUUAACUAAAACAUCUAUGAACUGAAAGAUACUUAACAUUCCUACUGGAAGUUUUUAACAUCAACUCAAACAUUAAAUGCACUUAAACAUUAAUGAAAAACAAAAGAAAAACACAAGAUCAUAUAUUGGUUCAAAUCAUGCUGAAAUUUCUGCUCUAGAUUUUAUGGUAAAUAUUGGGUGAAAUUGCAUCAGCUUUACAUGAAAAAUCAUCAAAAAUAGUAACUCAGAAGUUUGAGGAAUAUGGUAGCAUGUUUGCAGUGUAUCAACAACGAUUAAGAUCAUGAUUCUUGCUGGUACCCUGUAUGACAUUCUGCAGCACAGAAACACA